AUGGGGGUUCCAUCUGGAACACAUGCGUAUAUAAAGUACGUAGCGUUGUUUAAGGGAUUAAAGGAGAGAUACCGGCACAUACGCGUAGUCUUCACCGGUCGAGAGGGUGCCGGGAAGACGACCCUCUGUGGCCGGGUCAAGAACGAAGAUGUCGACAUAAAGUUGCGUAAGGCAACUGAGGGAGCUGUUUAUCACCCUGCAUGGUUCUUCAUUGACUGGAAAUCCAAAGAAUGGGGGUGUAAUGCUGACCAAUCGCCUACGAGUGUGAUUACGACACGUAUGGGUGCAUUGGUGAAAAACUUAGAAUCAUUAGAAAGAGAAGCUGGUUUACAAGCAGGGUCCCAAGACGGCUCAUUCGGAUUACCUUUGUCAGAAAACCUUGCAGCAGACGCAUAUAAAACAUACCGCGAAUCGUUGGAAGUCAAAUCAGCUUCAUUUGAGGCAAAAGCUGAUGGAGCGUUUCUAUCUCUGUGGGAUAUGGGUGGACACACGUCAUUUCAAGCUUCACACAAUGUGUUCAUAUCAUCACAUGGUGUAUACCUUCUAGUCUUCAGGCUGACAGACUUUCUCAAAGACAAGUUGGAAACUGAUAGACUAAAGAAAUGGAUCCGAUUGAUUGGCACAUUUUCGUCAGUUGAACUCAAUGCGCCAAAAUUGAAGCCACAUGAUCCUCCACUUAUUUUCGUCGGUACCUUCCUGGAUGAGUUUAAGAGAACGACUACGGACUAUGCUCAACUGGUAGAGACAAUAAGGUCCAGCAUUGCAAAAUUCCCCGAACUUUCAGCUCACAAAUUCGUCAAGUUCUGUACAGCCGAUAACAGCCUUGGAAAGGACGACACAGAACUGAAAAAACUGCGAGGUUUAAUUACAGACGCAGCUAAUCAUCAAGAUCAGUGGGACAGAGAGCUCCCGACCAGAUGGUUAAAGCUGGAGAUGGACUUACUAAAAGCCAGAGAAGAAGGAAUCAGGAUACUCACUUUAGCGACGGUCAUUGAAGUGAACAAAAAGUCUGUAGCCCCUUUAACAGACGAGGAGGAAAUGAAACUGGCACUAGAGUACAUGCAUUGUACAAGGUCUGUUAUUUAUUUUCGGGAGUUUGGCUUCAUUAUCAACGACCCCCAGUGGCUUGCUGAUUUUUUCAGCAUCUUGAUAACCGACGACCAGUUUCUCCCAAAAGACGACCUUCUGCUCAUCCGAGAUUUAGAGCUGUACACGAUAAAGGGCGAGUUGACCCACGAGUUGAUCGAUGGUCUUCUCAGCCUGAAAAAGAACGAACAUUUCCGUCCUCAUAAGUCCCAUCUCCUGGCUCUGAUGGAAAAGUUCGGGCUGAUAGUAAGAAUACUGAUGUCUGGAACCACUACAGAAAAUGCACAGUUCAGUGAAACGUACACCAUUCCGAGCAAACUUGUGGAACUGCAAAACGUUGACGGUAUAACAGAGAAGGUCCAACAAAGCAAUCUCUUUGUCUCUAAAACCUUAUGCUUCGUGUUCAAAGAUGUUUCAAUACCAGAUGAACUGUUUCACAGAAUCUUUGCCCAGGUCAUGAGGACGUACAAAGCAACGUCACUGUCAAUGCAAGGUUUCGCGGACGCAGCUGAACGUGAUCAGACGACGACAGGCAAUACAACUUGUCUAUAUUCGGGUUUUGGGUGUUUCGAGGUCGACGACCUUUGCAGGGUGAUCGUGUCAAUGCACGCAGUAAGGUCAACAAUCGCCAUGACUGUGAUCAGUCUGAGAGGGACCAAUCUUCCCGCAGAUACCGGACCAUGUAUUAGGCUAAAAAUCGAACAGAUUCUACGAGACACGUUGCAAAUGAGUAACCAGCUACACUUCCAGUUCGCACACCAGUUGCACUGCAACUUCCACCUGAGUCCAUACGACACCCCAGUACAACUUUGCGGCAUCAUCCACUCAGAGAGCGGCGUGCCCUGUAAAGGUGUAGAAUGCCGAGGACAACAUCGACUAACAAAAUCGGACACCACUUUUUGGGACAUCGAGCAGCACUUAGCGACGGUUGAAGGCAUAGAAAACGUCGCAGAAACGACGGAGGGUGACGCAAACAUGUCUAACAGAAGGCCGACGCCCAGGGAACUUGGUCGGUUGUCCCGUCUGGUCGACGCAUCCAGAUGUGAAUGCCUUUUCAUUCAGCUUGGUCUUCCUUACCCAGAGAUCCAGACAACCAAAUGGGAGUCACAAAGCUUGGCAGGAAUCACUCUGAUUACAAAGAUGUUUCUCAAAUGGACAAACAUUUACCCGAAUAAGACGUUCCAGGACAUCCAGCGAGCUAUGACGGAGGCUGAGAUGGCAGCUGACCGUAUCAACGAAGUGUUAGAAACUGACGAGGAAUCACAAGAUCAAGAUACAGUUCCAAGCGAUGUCUGGAAUAGAACCCCAUCUGAUGCUGAGAUAAAGAAAAUCGUCACCAAUGUUGGCAGUGCUUUCUUUAACCUGUGCCUGGAACUCGGAUUGUCACCUCCAAUAAUAGAGCAGCAUGAACUUGGUCACCCUGUCACCUUCCAGGCAAGGAUGAGUGCUCUCUUCCGGUAUUGGAUAGAAAGAUUCCAGACGAAGGCAACCAUUGGCAGGCUGUUGUCAGCGAUGAAGGUUUGUCGGAUGGACUGGCAUACAACAGCACAGAUUUGGUCACCAUGAUUAGGAAGGACAAUAUGAACGUGUGAAAUAAGUUCAUGUCACUCUGGACAUUCACACACCUUCCGUCACACAUGUACAUAUAUAAGAUAGGAUUAAUGUUAUCACAAGUUCACUGACACUUUAUAAUUAACUAAAAAAAAAAAAUGUUAUUGGAACCAGAAAAAAAAACGUAGAAAUGAUACUAAUGACAAAGCAUUAAUAUUUAACAGUUCAGACAACCCGUUAGGACAAAACAAAGGUGUCUAUCAUAUGUGUGUGUGAUUUACUCAAUGUUAAUGGUGAAUUUUCUAAAAUAGAAUUAAAAUCAAUCUCCGAUGAAGAUUUUAGUAUUCUGGAUAUCUUUAUAUAUUGCUUUGUCAUAGUGCAUAGACCAUUCAUAUUCAUGGGUAAAAUAUAUAAAGCUGAAAAUAUCUUUCUAUCAGGACUGCAGUUAAUUAGAAUGGUUAAUAUAGUGCGGUUGUUAUGCCAUCCUGAGAUAAUCGCGAGAAUAAACUUUCAACGAAAUAUAGGCGCUGUAAAAUAUAUAUCAUUACAUCAUAACAAUAUAUUAUUGGGGUCUUUUUGGCACCGAGGUGAUGGCAUAUCAGCAUUUGGUUUGAUUUUUAUAUUUACUUUAAUAUUGAGCAUGUAUGCACGAUUUUCCUGAGAGAUAUUUGUAUAUAUUUAUUGAUUUGUGUUUUCAAUUUUCAAGUAUAUUUAGAGGUCAAAUACUGAGUGAUUCUGACACUGUUUAUUUGCAUUAUCAGUUCUGAAUACAUGUCGCAUGCUUAGAAUAUUUCACGCGUGAAAUCUUCCAUUUUAUUACAGCAGAUUUGUAUUUACCAUUUUCCCGUAAUCGGAGUUUACAUUUUUUGUCAUAUGAAUAUCUAGACAUAGCGUUGUACACUGUAAAUGACCUUUUUGAUGCUCCUUACAUGGUGUAAUGCCCCUUUGUACAUUUAAAAAAAAUAUUGAUUUGUUUUGAAAUAAUUUUGAAGAUUGAGAGAGUUUCCGAUCCCUUUACAAUGGGUUUGUGAAAGGGUACAAUCAGAAAAGCAGAUUUGAACGUAUUCAGACAUUUAGUCAAAUAUAAAAUAGUAUGUUAUCGCCCCAUCCUACAGUAUAAUGCACUUUUCUGAGUAAUUAAGCAUCUAUUUGUGUUAAGUGUCAAGAUUCGACAAUAUUCUGUUAAUGUUGUUGAACGAAUGAUUGAGAAGAAUAUUCUUUAAACGACCUUUUCUUUUACAGUGAGACUAGAUGUACGCUAACUAUUCAAGAUAAGAGCAAAUGUUGUAAUAUCUUCCCGUAGAUCUUUCUUUUCACAGGUAAUUACGAUGUAACAAAAUGAAUUAAAUCCGUACACAACCAACAUAAUUACGGGCUGAAAUACGUACAGCCGGUCGCUGCUAAAUGCUCUUGAUCACGAUUUUGGUGUUCUCACGCAAAAAUAUCCCUGUUCAAAGCAAUAAAUACUCUUUGCUUCUAAUGUUGCAUCGGAUAUUUACAUAUAGAUAUCAUUGUACGUUACAUGGCGUUUAUAACCACAUAUUGGAUUACGAUUCUUAACGAAAACUUCUUCGAUUACGAUUGAUAAAAAACGCUUGUUGGAUUGCGAUGUAGGGCAAAUUGAGAUGUAGGGCAAACAUUUGUUGGAUUACGAUGUAGAACAAAAAUUUGUUGGAUAACUAUGUAGGGCAAACAUUUGUUGGAUUGCGAUGUAGGACAAACAUUUGUUGGAUUGCGAUGUAGGGCAAGCAUUUGUUGGAUUACGAUGUAGAGCAAACUAUUGUUGGAUUACGAUGCUUGACAAACACUUCUUUAAUUACGAUUGAUAAAAAAACGCUUGUUGGAUUACGAUGUGCGACAAAUACCUGUUUGUUUACAAUGCCAAGGGUUAAAUUUUGAGUUACAAACAUAUUUUUGUUUGACAUGUAUAAAGACACUUGUUUGACUAAGAUGUUUGCCAUUUUGUGAUUUUUCAUAAUAAGAAUAUCUGCAUAUAAUAUACUUUGUAUCCCAUUUGUUUUUUUGUUUGCUGUCCGCUUUACUUAAUAAAUAUAGAGUGAA